AUGGCCGACACGAAGGCGGAGCUCACCCUGAUAGUGGGGAAUCUGCCAACGAAUAUCAGCCGUGACGAGGUGAUGAGCUGGCUCGCCGCCUCGGGGUAUGACGACUCGUAUGACUUUCUGUACGUGCCCCUCUGUUUCAAGACGAACUCCAACAAGGGCUACAUGUUCAUAAAUUUCAUGGAGAGGGAGACUGCGCGCAGGUUCGCAGCUUCCUUCCACGGUGUCGCCACGGGCUCGGGCAGCGCGCAGCUCAUCGUGAGGCCCUCCGCAACGCAGGGCAUUGAGGCAAGCAUCUCCAAGCUGCGCAAGUCCUCCUCCCGCCGCAUCAAGAACCCCCAGGCAUGGCCGUACCUCCGCCACAGGGCCGACCCGGAGAGCUCCACCAUGGGCGAGGCGCCCGCGCGCCUCCCCGUGCGCCCUCCGCCGCGCCUGCGGCCUGAAGGCUGCGACGGCCCGGCGGCUUCCGCCCUGUGGCUGCGGCCCGGCCGCUUCGAGGGCGCCAGCGUGGCGCCGAGCGUCGACGACGUGGGCCGCGCGGCCGCCGCGACGCCCUGGGCAUUCACCAGCCGCGGUCCUGGGGAGCUCGCGGGCGCAGCCGCGGGCGGCUCCCAGGGCAGCGCGCACCGCCGCCCGAGGCUCGGGGGGGGCCACGCCGGCUCCGGCGCGUCCACCGCCUCCAGCGCCGCAGGCAGCUCCUCCGCCGCCAGGCCCUGCCGCCUCGGCGCGAGCCCCGCCCCCGUCGUCGAGUCGGCGCCGGAGGGCCUCCCGCUCCGCUGCCCGGGGCCGCCCGGGCUGUUCCGCGGGGCCGCGGCCAGCUUCAGCCUCUGA